GCAGGUGAAAAUCAGGGAAACCCGUCAACAUGGUGAGCUUAUUCGCUUCGCUUGCAGCUGGGGGGCGGACACCUCCGCUUUCAAUGAUCCAAGUGCUCAGCUGCCAUCUUUCAUGCAUGGAAUCGUUCCACAGCGAUGCUUCUAGAGGGAGCCACGUAGCUGCGCCCUAGCCCACUCGACCACACUCCGAUUCAUCAGGCGUACCUCUUGCAGGUGUGUGCCAUGAAGAAUAGAGGGAAUUCCAUGGAUGACGCCCUUUUUCCAGAAUUCUACGGAGCUACAUUCUAUCUGGGUACAUUGCCUGGUUAAGCUUAUGGGAAGUCCCAGUAAUUCCCUAACAAUGGGAUGGGAAAUGCUCCAUACUCUCCGUGUUGUUGAGCCUAUCCAGGUAAACUCUCCGGAUGAUGAUGACGAUGCUGCACGAGAGGUGAAAUUAUACCGUGGUUGGAACCCGCUAUCUCAUGAUUCCAUAUGUAGGAAGGGCUUUACAAAUUCUCGGGACAUCAACCAACUGUUCAUUGACAAUUGGUUGUCAUUGUUCGAGAUGACCUCGAUUGUUCGGGAGAAUCCGUCAACCGAUGAGGGCAUCCGAGGGACUCCCGCGAAAGUUGCCGAGGACCAUUGA